CCUACGUAUGUAUUUUGUGAUUUCAAGAUGGAAUGUCAGGUUAUUUUAUUUUGUAUUUCUUCAAAUGCGAUGAAUGUUCUAUAUAGUUGAAAUGUUCUGAUUCGAUAUAAAAAAAAAAAUGACGAAUUUAUCAAUGCGAAAGAGAUUUAGCGAAUUGUUUCAGUUCAAAUUAAUCAAUCGCGUAAAAUAUAAAAACGUUUGAAUGCAAAGGAAAUUACAACAGUUGCGCUGUAGUUCAGUCAUUUGUCCUGCUUUAGGAAUGGCGCAAAAUCACAGUGUACAUUUUCAUAACAAUCGAAUACGAUAAAUUACUGAUCAAAAGAAGAAAUACCACGAAAAAUAUGACGAGACGUAAGUUACUCUGCAAAGACUGGAAAUAUUAAUAGAGAACAGAAAAUCCCGCCCGACUUUAUCCGGUUCUUGAGUUUCUAUUUGGCUGUGUUCACGGUUCUAUCAUCUUGGCUUCUACCACGCCAAUCAAAUUGAAAUCUAACCACAAAACAUUGACCAAGAAAAACAAUGCUUCCGUUUCGAAUAAAUCUUCGCUGAGAAAUCUAUCCAAAUAUUAGAAAUCAAACAGAAAAAUGACACAAAGAAUAAUUGCGACAACAUUAUUUAAUUCCUCUUGGUGUAUUCUAACCUACUUUCCAUUUUCAAAUACGUGACACAAUAUCAUGAAUUAUUGUUAGCUGUUGGUUUUAUAAUGGAUGUAAAUACGGUGGAAGAUGAAGACGUAUCCUUCCAUUUGGGGGAAAUGUUUGACAGUUAUGAGGAAUUGGAACAUAAAUUGGAGAAAUUUUCAAAGCGUAGUCUAGUUCAUUAUUGGAGAAGGGACAGCAGAACGGUUAGCGGAGCUCAUAUGAAAACUGCUCGUCCAAUUAGCGAGCGUUUAAAGUAUUAUUCAGUAAAAUAUGCUUGUAUCUAUGGCGGUCAAAAGUUUCUACCUCGUGGAGCUGGCAGAAGACAGUCUCAAUCUAUACGGACAAACUGUCCUGCUCAUAUUAUGCUAAGAGCAUCGAAAGAUGGUACAAAGUUAGAAGUAACUAGCGUCAAUAAUGAACACAAUCAUGAAAUUUCAGAGGAAUUAUUUAAAAAUCUUCCACAAGAAAGAAAAUUAUGUGGUGAGAUUAAGCAGGAAGUACAAGACCUCAUGCAGUUACACAUAGACAGAAAGAGACUGAAAGAAUACGUUCGUUUACGAACAAACAAAAUACUUAGGUCUAAAGAUUUAUUUAACAUAGCAGCAGCUAAUAAACAAAAGAGGAACAUAACACCGGAAAGGGCAUAUCAAUUAUUUAAGAAAAUUCACGAUAUCGAAAAAAUGCAAGGGAGAGAUAACGAUAGGAAAACCUUUUCUGAGUCUGAAGAUGAAAUUGCACAGACAAUAAAGAGAAUGAAAAAGGAGCAAGAGUCUCCUUGGGGUCAAGAUAGAUUGCCAGCUGAACUAGAAGUAAGCGAAGGGAACGAUGGAGACGAUUCCUACAGCGGUCAAUUAACACAAGAAGAGGUAGUAGAUGAAAUUGAUACAACAGACGGCGAACUAUUGAGGACCAAUAACGACGGGGACAUAAUAGCAGCAAAUGGUGAAAUUGUAGGGGAGUUAGUAAUGCAAGACGGAGAUCCUUCCGUAAUCGUUGAAUCAAUCGUGAAUGCCGAUGGUUCUGUUUUCGUCGACGAAAGAGAAUUCAAUACUUAUUGUAAUAACCAUCUGUCGCAUACAGUUGACGUGAGUCAAUCCCCCAGCGCUAGAGUUUUAGAUAUCGAAACAAUCGCUCCUACCACCGACAUAGAAAAGAUCAAGGGAACGUCUGUCUCGCCUAAACAACAAAGCACGUCGCAAUCACAGCAAUCUGUAAAAUCACCGAACGCUUUCGACGAAACUACAGAUUCCAGAAUUUGGAUUAUGAAAGAAGCAACGAAUGCAGAGACAGAACCUGACAGCGGGCCCGAGAGCGACGCGAAUGGUACAAAGUCGACGAUGACCGCAAAAGCGGAUAUCGAUGCGUCCGAGGUGAUACUGUCUGACGAGGCCAGUCAUCAGUUGCUCCAGGAACAGUUGGCGGUGCUUCGUGCGGAAAAGGGGAAGCUAUAUCACGAGACUGAAAUGCUAAAACUUAAAAAGGACAAGUUAAAGUUACAGAUAAACUGUUACUCGAACGAGAUACGGAAGCAAGAAAUGGAGAAAGAGAAGCUGAGGCUCGAGAUUAAGUUGCUGCAGUCCAAAGUUAUGGAAGAUUCCAACGAUGUUUCCCAUUAUAUUUUUGUGCCUUGAGUGAUACAUCGUAACGGAACAAUUGUGUGAUCGUAAAGGAGAAAUAUUACGCGAGUGAAUUUUCAGCAAUUUUUUGUCUUUUAACAGUGAUUUCAUUCGAAUCGUCUU